CGGAUAGACAUGCCCUGUAGUGGCGUGUUGUUCACACUGACAUAUCUGACAGCAGUCUUUGAGAGUGCGGCGGGAUAUAACGCGUCUCUGCUGUUGGAGAUGCUGGAGGCAACGGGGAACCGGUCCAGUCUCUAUACGUUCGACGACAACACACUGGCGGAUUGGCGCUCACUUGUGUGGAAGAAACGGCACGGAGAAGAGUCGCAGCACGCCACCGUGAAAGCAUUGCUUAUCUUCGCCUACUCAGUCAUCAUCGUCAUCUCAUUGUUUGGAAACAUCCUCGUGUGCCAUGUGGUCAUUAAAAACAAGCGCAUGCACUCUGCAACAAGUCUCUUCAUUGUAAACCUGGCUAUUGCGGACAUACUCAUAACUCUUUUGAACACGCCCUUCACUCUGGUGAGGUUUGUGAACAGCACUUGGAUUUUUGGAAGGGGUAUGUGUCACAUCAGUCGCUUCGUGCAGUAUUGCUCUCUGCAUGUCUCCACACUCACGCUCACGGCCAUCGCACUGGACAGACGGCAGGUGAUUUUGCAUCCCCUGAAGCCACGGAUGUGUAUUGAUCAGGGUGCCAUUUGUAUAGUGUUUAUCUGGCUCAUGGCCAGCUGUUUUUCACUGCCUCAUGCCAUCUACCAGAAGCUAUUCACUUUUGUCUACAGUAAAGACAUAGUGCGCUCUUUGUGCGUGCCUGAUUUCCCAGACCCCUCAGAGCUAUACUGGCAGUAUCUGGAUUUAGCCACGUUCAUUCUCCUCUAUGUCCUUCCCCUGCUCAUAAUCACCAUCGCCUACUAUGCUGUUGCCCGCCGUCUCUGGCGGCGGACUGCCAUUGGUGACGUCACCAGCGAACAGUACUUCCUUCAACGCAGGAAGAGGAAGAGGACCAUUAAGAUGCUGGUGUUAGUUGUUGCAGUAUUUGCAGUUUGCUGGUUCCCUUUAAAUUGCUAUGUGGUGCUUCUGUCCAGCCAAGUAAUUCAGUCUAACAAUGCUAUUUACUUCAGUUUCCACUGGUUAGCUAUGAGUUCCACCUGCUACAAUCCUUUCAUUUAUUGCUGGUUGAACCCAGGCUUCAGAGCUGAACUCACUUUCCUGCUGGGCAUGUGCAGAAAUGGCCAAAGGCGGGGUCAAGGGAGACGGAUGCACAGUGGUGGUCGGGGGGAGGAGCCUGAUCCAUUGGCCCCACCCAGUGCUGGGUUUCACAGGACAGCGUGGCCAGAGAGCCAAGCCUCCGCGCAACAAUCCAAUCCCAAAGAGAGUCACGCUCUUAGGUCCACAUCUCUCUGCCAAACAGGAAAGACUGAUAUUCUGUCAGUGGAGCCAAUUGUUGCUGUGAGCUGACAACAUCUCUUAAAUGUCCCUCAAGUGUACAAUUAGUGAUUCUGGAUAUUAGGUUUUAAAACAACCAGGGGUUGUCAAGGGGACCUCCCAUUUAUUUUAAAGUUUAAAGAAAAUAAUGGGUAGACGAACUCUUUACUAAAUAAAAAAAUCAAAUAAAUAUUCUGAGUUCAAUACAAGUUAAGUUCAAUCGACAGGCAUAAUGUUGAUUGCGACAAAAAUUUUUUGGCCCCAUUCACUUCCAUUGUAAGUGUCUCACUGUGACCCAGAUUUGAGCUUUUUUCAGAGAAAAGGAGGGAUGAGACUAAAGACAUUUUUGUGGUAAUCAAUGUUUUGUCACAGAUUCUGUCGAUGGAUCCUGAAAUAUUCCUUUAAGAGAACUUUGUCUGUGCUAUAAGUGUAAUAGUGAAGAAAAACAUCAAAGAAAACAUUAAAGUCUGUACAACUGUCAAUACAACAAAGGGUAAAAUCAAUGACCGGGUUUUUUAGUACUGCACAUAUUUCUUGUUGUUUGAAGACGUUUUGCAACUCAGUAGAGUGACUUUAUCACCUGGAAUGGGAAUAUCUCCUGCAUUUCGCACACAAUGAAGGGACGGACUGCUUUGGAAGUCACAUCCAGUAAAGACAUGUGCAGAAAGUAAAAACAUAAAUAAAUAAAAAAGUGUGGGGUUUACCUUAUGUCAUGUUCUGUGUAAGUGACAAUACCUAAUUUGUUAACAUUGAUUGUUUUGUAAUUAAUUGAAUUAAAGGAAAUGUGUU